AUGAAGACUGCCGCCGCCGCCGCCGCGACCGUCAUCCUCGCCGCUGGCCUUGUCGCCGCAGAGCCUCAGCAUCACGCUCUACCCUCGGGCACAAAAAUUAACUGCGCAAAACCCAAUGCAAGCUACUGCAUGGGCGGCGACAUUAUCCUGCGCUGCGGACCCGACGCCCUCGGCGAGCCGGCCCGGUGCUCCGCCAACGUCUCGGGUUACCCGCCCGCCGGUGGCGUCGCCGAGUGCUGGGAGAGCUCUCGCGACGCCGGCGACGCGGCCUGCCAGAAGAAUUGCGUCGUCUACGCCGAGAAUCCAUUUACCUUGCCCGCCGACAAGUGCACCCCGUCGGCUACAGAGACGGGCCAACCUACUAGCACCGGCUCUACUGCCACGUCUAAUUGGACUAGCACCGGCGGCAGUAGCAGCUCUGCUGCAUCGUCGAGUACUAGUGGCAGCAGCUCUACCUCGAGCAGCGGUCCUCCCGCCUCUUCCUCGACUGGCUCCCACACAUUGCCGAGCUCUUCUACGGCGCCAGCUUCCACUGUCAGCGGCAGCAGCAGCAGCAGCGCCUACAUCAGUCUGCCCUCGCCUCCUCCCGGAACCCCUCCCGGAACCGCCAGCACUCCCGCUCACACCGGUAACAACUCGACCUUUUCCAUCCCCAUCAUCACCGGGUCUACAAGCACCACCAGGUCGACCAGCACUGGCAGCAGCAGCAGCAGCAGCAGCAGCAGCGGCGGCGGCGGCGGCGGCGGCGGCGGCGGAAGCAUCAUUACCCUGACCAGCACCGCGGGCCCCAAGCCCACCGCCACGACUCCUCCCCCCAACUCCAACGAUGCCGCGGCCAACAAUGCCAUGAGCGGCCUCUUUGCAUUUGGUCUGGCCGUUGCCGCCCUCUUCUAA